CGCCCCCCAGCGGAGGCCCGGAAGGGACCAGUCGCGCUUCCGUCUCCGUCGGGGCCGCACGGAGGGCGGAGCUGCGGCCCGAGGACGCUACGCGAGCCCAGUUCCGGCGAGGAGGCCGCGCCAGUGACAGCGAUGGCGGCGGAGUCGGCGCUCCAAGUUGUAGAGAAGCUGCAGGCGCGCCUGGCCGCGAACCCUGACCCCAAGAAGCUAUUAAAAUAUUUGAAGAAGCUCUCCAACUUGCCUAUCACAGUAGACAUUCUUGCGGAGACUGGGGUAGGGAAAACAGUAAACAGUUUUCGAAAACAUGAGCAAGUGGGAAACUUUGCCAGAGACCUGGUGGCCCAGUGGAAGAAGCUGGUUCCUGUGGAACGAAACAAUGAGACUGAUGACCAGGACUUUGAGAAGAGCAAUUCCCGUAAGCGCCCUCGAGAUUCUCUUCAGAGGGAGGAGGAGCUAGACGGGGACUACCAAGAAAGCUGGAAAGCUUCUGGCAGUCAGUCCUACAGCCCUGACCACAGACAGAAAAAACACAGAAAACUCUUGGAGCCUGAAAGGCCUCAUAAAGUGUCUCACAGUCAUGAGAGGAGAGAUGAGAGGAAGAAGUGUCACAGAGUGUCACCUUCAUACUCUUCAGACCCCGAGUCUUCUGACUACGGCCAUGUUCAGUCCCCACCAUCUUCCAGUCCUCAUCAGACAUACACAGACCACUACAGGUCACCAGAUGAAGACCACGAACCCAUUGUUUCACACCAGAAACCUGGAAGAGGCCACAGUAAUGCCUUUCAGGACAGACUGGGAGUCAGUCAGAAUCGACACCUGGGUGAACCCCAGGGAAAAGGGGCUGUGAGCCAAAACAAGGAGCACAAAUCUUCCCACAAGGAGAAACGCCCUGUGGAUGCCAGGGCUGAUGAGAAGGCCUCUGCCUCAGGCAGAGAGAAAUCACACAGGGCCUCUAAGGAGGAAAACCGAAGGCCACUCUCAGGGGACAGUGCCAAGGAGAAGCCGCCCUCUACUGCUGUCAAGAAAGAGAAGGAAAGAGAAGGCAGUAGUCUCAAGAAGAAGUUUUCACCCGUCUUGGAGGUUGCUUCAGACAACCACCUUAAAAAGCCCAAACAUAAGGACUCUGAGAAAAUCAAAUCAGACAAAAACAGGCAAAGUGUGGAUGGCUUAGACUUAGGAAAAAGGGCAGGAGACCUGUUGCCCAAAGCGAAAGAGAAAGUUUCUAACAACCUGAAGGCUCAGGAGGGGAAAGUAAGAACUAACUCUGACAGAAAGCCUCAGGGCUCGCUCCCUAAAGUAGAGGAGACGGAUGUGGAUGACGAGUUCGAGCAGCCCACCAUGUCGUUUGAGUCAUACCUCAGCUAUGACCAACCUCGGAAGAAAAAGAAGAAGGUUGUGAAAACUUCAGCCACAGCACUUGGAGAAAAGGGACUUAAAAAAAAGGAUUCUAAAAGCACUAGUAAAAACUUGAACUCAGUUCAAAAAUUACCCAAGGUGAAUGAAAACAAGUCAGAAAAGCCACCGCCAGCUGGAGCCAAUCCUACCAGGCCUCGAAAGGUCCCCGCUGAUGUGUUGCCAGUGUUGCCGGACAUCCCCUUACCCACGAUACAAACCAACUAUCGUCCACUUCCUUCCCUUGAAUUGAUUUCCUCCUUCCAGCCAAAGCGAAAAGCAUUCUCUUCACCCCAGGAAGAAGAAGAAGCUGGAUUCACAGGACGCAGAAUGAAUUCUAAGAUGCAAGUGUAUUCCGGUUCCAAGUGUGCCUAUCUUCCUAAAAUGAUGACCUUGCACCAGCAGUGCAUCCGUGUACUUAAAAACAAUAUUGAUUCAAUCUAUGAAGUGGGAGGUGUCCCCUACUCUCUUCUUGAACCUGUCUUAGAGAGGUGUACACCUGAUCAGCUGUACCGCAUAGAGGAGUGCAAUCACGUAUUAAUUGAAGAAACAGAUCAAUUAUGGAAAAUUCAUUGUCACCGAGACUUUAAGGAAGAAAGACCAGAAGAGUAUGAAUCAUGGCGGGAGAUGUACCUGCGGCUUCAGGAUGCCCGAGAGCAGCGGCUGCGUCUGUUGACAAACAAUAUCCGGUCUGCACAUGCCAAUAAACCAAAAGGACGACAAGCAAAAAUGGCCUUUGUCAACUCUGUGGCCAAGCCACCCCGUGAUGUCCGAAGGAGGCAGGAAAAGUUUGGAACUGGAGGAGCAGCUGUCCCUGAGAAAGUCAGGAUUAAGCCAGCCCCAUAUACCACAGGAAGUAGCCAUGUUCCCACCAGCAGUGGCAGCAGCAGCUUUCACUCCAGCCCUGAGGAGCUGGCCUACGAUGGCCCCAGCACCAGUAGUGCCCACUUAGCUCCAGUGGUCAGCAGUGCUGUUUCCUAUGAUCCCAGGAAACCAGCUGUGAAGAAAAUUGCCCCAAUGAUGGCCAAGACAAUUAAAGCAUUCAAGAACAGAUUCUCCCGACGAUAAACUAAGGAUUGCCUUGAAGGUGGAAUUUGGGGAGCAGGAAUACAGGGACAGUGGGGGCAGGGGGAAAGGAUUUCCAAAGGAGAUCUGCAUCUUUUGUUUUGUGGAACCAUUUGGUCUCUGAUACCUGCACAGUUGCAGGUAGGUGUCUCCCUGCACACCUCGGCCCACUCCCUGCCAAGGAGCACGUUUCAGAUUCUGAAGGUGACAUGAAGCCUCAGUCUCUCUGAGGUCUUUAAGGUCAAUUAUACUUUUGUUGCUAAUUAGCAUCUUUGUAAACUAUAGGACAUAGUUUUAAUUAAUAAAUAUUGCCCCCAGAUUGUAUUUAUACUACCCUCCCCCCAGGUUUUUUUCUUUUUCUUUUCUUUUUUUUAGUCCUCUAUUGCAUACUUAGCCUUUUACUUUUCAGGUCCUUUGUUAGAUGAAAGCUUAAAAAAAGCUAUUCCUCUCCAAGGUUAGUUCUUCUGAGUAAACUCUGAUCCAGAAGUGCAUCCCGGAGCCUGUGUGGUGCUCCAGAGUAGGGAGUGCCAGGAAUGAGUGCCAGACUGCCCAUCCUCGAGGGGAGCCCCACAUGGCAACUGUUCAGGGGGUCCCACUCUGAGAUCCCAGAGUUGCUGGGCAGAGGCAUCUCUUUCUUCUCCUUAAAAGUAUUUAUUAGGGGGCUAUUUGUGAAGUCUAGAGCCCUUCCUCUCUGCAAGCCAACACUCCUCUCCCGUUUGAAAGGCUAACUAGAGGACAGAACCUUGAGAGAUCAGUUUGCAUAGGACCUCAGCAAUUUUAUAAUUUCUCCUUUCUGGUUCAAUAUAUUAGAUGCCACCCCUCCCCCCACCUUAUCUUUCCUUCUCACCACCAUGGGGGAAACAAUGGCAGGGCUUUUUAGAGCUCUGCAUGUGACAGCUCUGAAUGUGCCAGCACUUUGAUCUCCUGUUCCCUAUAAAAUACUACUAGGAGUGAGUGAUUUUUAAAGUUGUAGUGUUCUGUUAGAAAUUGCUUUUGUUUUUGCCUUUUGUUUGAAAGGAAAGAUUAUGUGACUGGAAGAGCACAGCAGGCUGCUGUGUCUGGCAGAGAACUUGCAGCAAAAGCCCUCUACCUUCUGAAUGUGUAGGACAGAGUUAGGAGGAAAGGGCCACCUUGGGAAGGGGCUGAGUUCUGCGUCAUGAUGGGGGAACCUUGCUCCAGCCAGCCAUCCAGUUCUUGAAGGUAGACUCUUGCUUUCCAGUUGACAUGUGGGCAAGAUCAGAACUAGAGAGUAGUGCCAGCUCCUCCGGGCUGUCAAAGAACAUGGAGCUGGUAGGACCCACCUGCUUAUGAGCCAGGUGGAAAGAUGUACGAACUCGAGAUGUGCAUCCUUAAGAAACCAAUAGAGCAGACAGAGGGGAUGACAGACAGACAGCCUGCUAAGCUGAGCCAUUGGUCCUGCCCACACUGUUUUAACCAUCCUGGAGACUUCAGUUAGGCUAAUGUUGAAGACUCGGGCAGUACAGGGAGCUCACAACAGCUGAAGCUCGGCAGACCUUACCAUGCCUUGCUGGGUGGGAUGCCUGUUGCCACAGGACAGACAUGGUGUUGCUGAGUUUUAAUUUGCUGUAUUUUUUAAAUUGGGUAAAGCACUGUUUCUCUUGAUUGCUUGUUUCACCUUACCACCUCUAUCUCUUAGCCUGACCCCCAAAUCUAACAUCAGAAAGCCUCUUACCUGAAAUCAAGUGGACAGUCGCAUCAGGAGCCAGGUACCUGUUGCCUCUAGGUGUCCACCACCUGGGACUUAUGCCUUAGCUAUGUUUCUAAGACUUUGCCAUUUAAGCAGUUUUUCAUAUUGCAGAUUCAGUUGUGUACGACUUAGGUCUCCUUAUUAGGUCCUUAGGUGGGAGGGGAAGAAAGGACACAUUUGUUCAUCCCAGUGUUAGUAUCCUGUUUGGGCACAUAAAAAUUUGUGAUGAACCUGUUUGUAUAGAGCCAGAUCUUCCUCUGUCCCCCUCCACAAGUGUCUGCAUCAGGGAUGUGAUUAGUGAGAAGGGUAAGGGAGCCGAGAAAGCUGAAUGUCUCCACAAACUCCUCACCAGCUGUGAAAUGGCUGCAAAGCGGACACACAAUGAUGUUCAACUUUUGGUUGCAUUUGUGAAAACCUGUGCAAUUUUUUCUGUGCUACACUACAUACAAAUCACCAAAUCAGAUUAGCCCUUUGUAAUCCUUGGUCUAACGAGGGGUUCUCUGGGGCUUUCUUCUCUUUUGGAGGCAGGGGCAGGAACAAGCAUUGUCCUGCUCUUCAUUUGUAUUUUGGUCCCAAAAUGUAAAUACAGUUUUCUAUGUUACUUUUUUGUGGUAACUACAAGAUGAAUAUUUUAAUUAGAUAAGUUAUACAAAAUGGAAAAUCCCAUGUCCAAAUAAAAAG